UGCAACAAUAACAACCACAACUCAAGCAAUAUCAACCACAACUAAAGUACCAACAACAAUGCAAGCUCCAACAACCACAACUGCUACAUUAACAACUACAACAUCUACACCAACAACUGCAACUGUUCCUCCAACAACUACAACUCAAGCAAUAUCAACCACAACUGUUAAACCAACCACCACAACUCAAGUACCAACAACAACUGCUACACCAACAACUACAACUGCUACACCAACAACAACAAGUCAAUUACCAACUACAAAUGCUACAACAACAACUACAACUCAAGCAAUAACAACCACAACUGUUAAACCAACCACCACAACUCAAGUACCAACAACAACUGCUACACCAACAACUACAACUCAAGCUCCAACAACUGCUACACCAACAACAACAAGUCAGUUACCAACAACUACAACAUCUACACCAACAUCUUCAAUUCAAGCACCAACAACUACAACUGCUACACCAACAACAACAAGUCAGUUACCAAUAACUGCAACAUCUACACCAACAACUGUAACUGUUCCUCCAACAACUACAACUCAAGCAAUAUCAACCACAACUGUUAAACCAACCACCGCAACUCAAGUACCAACAACAACUGCUACACCAACAACUACACCUCAAGCUCAAACAACAACUGCUACACCAACAAUAACAAGUCAGUUACCAACAACUACAACAUCUACACCAACAUCUUCAAUUCAGGCACCAACAACUACAACUGCUACACCAACAACAACAAGUCAGUUGCCAACAACUGUUAAACCAACCACCACAACUCAACAAGCACCAACAACUGCAACUGCUACUCCAACAACUACAACUCAAGCAAUAUCAACAACAACUGCUAAACCAUCCACCACAGCUCAAGUACCAACAACAAAAACUGCUACACCAACAACUACACAUCAAGCACCAACAACUACAACUGCUACAUCUACAACAACAAGUCAAUUACCAACAACUACAACUCAAGCACCAACAACUACAACUGCUACACCAACAACUACAAGUCAAUUGCCAACAGCUACAAAUGCUACAACUACAACUCGAGCACCAACAACUACAACUGCUACACCAACUACAGCAUCUCAAGUACCAACAACAACAACUGCAACAGUAACAACAACAACUCAAGCAACAUCCACAACUCAAGUACCAACAAGAACUGCUACUGCUGCAUCAACAACCAUAACUCAAGCACCAACGUCCAUGAUUCAAGCAUCAACAACGACAACUCAGGCACUCAAAAGCACAACUUCUGCAACAACAACAACCACAACUACAACCUCUUCACCAGCAACCACAACUCAAGCACCGUCAACCGCAAUUAAAGCUCCAACAACUAUAACUGAGUCAGCAACAUCCACAACACUACAUCCAACAACUACAACUCAAGCACCAACAACCCUUACUCAAGUUCCAACAACAACUCAGGCAACAACAACCACAACUCAAGCAACAAUAAGUACAACUGCUUCACUAACAACAAUUCCAGCAAUUCAGGCACUAAAAAGCACAACUUCUCCAACAACAACCACAACUCAAGCAACAACAUUGUCAACAAUUUCACCAACAAUAACUAAAGCAACAUCCACAACAACUAAUACUGUUACACCAACAACCACAUCUCAAGCACCAACUACCACAAUUAAUGCACAAACGACCACAAAACUACAACCAAUAACAACAACCUCUUCACCAUCAACCACAUCUCAGGCACAAACAAUCACAACUCAUUUGACUUCCACAUCUCCUGCACCAACCACAAUAACUCAGACACUAACAACUACAACUGAAGUACCAGCAGCCACAACUCGGGCAUCAUCAAUCACAACUUCUGCAACAACCACAACUCAAGCAAUAACAACUACUACUGCUGCACCGACAACCAUGACUCAAGUGCCAACAACCACAUCCAAGGCACCAACAACCAGAACACUACAACUAACAACUACAACUUCUUCACCAACAACAACUCAGGCACCAACAUUCAUAACUUAUUCACCAUCUACAACUCCUGCACCAACCACAAGAACUCAAACACCAACAACCAAAAUUAAUGCACCAACAAGCACAACUUCUGCAACAACCUCAACUUUUGCAACAACAACCACAACUCAAGCACCGACAACCGCAACUUCUGCAACAACUACAACUGGUUCACCAACAACUCAAGCAACAUCCACAACUCAAGCAACAACAACUGCUACUGUUGAACCAACAACCACAAUUCAAGCACCAACAACCACACCUUCUGCAACAGCAACCACAACUCAAACACUAAAAAUCACAACUCAAACACAAGCAACAACAACUCAGACCUCUACAGCUAUCGCUCAAGUAUUAACAAGUACAUCUCAGAUAGAAGCAAUUUCAACUACAACUCAAAAAUCCACAACUAAAACUCAAACACCAACUACCACAUCUGGUGAGCCAACAACCCCAACUCAAACACUGACGACUAUAACUCAAACACCAACAAUAACAAAAUUAGCAACAACUACAAUUGGAGCACCAACAACCACAAUUUCUGCAACAACCACAAGCCAAGCACCAUCAAUCAAAACUUCUGCAACAACAACAACAACUCAAGCACUAACAAUCACAACUGAAGCACCAGCAAUCAUAACUCAAGCACCAACUAUCUUCACUCAACCACAAACAAUCUUAACUCAACCACAAACAAUCUUAACUCAACCACCAACAAUUUUAACUCAACCACCAACAAUCACAACUCAACCACUAACAAUCACAACUCAAGAAUCAACAAUCAAAACUCAAACACCAGCAACUACAACUCAAACGUCUCCAUCUACACCUACAAGUACAAAACCAACAAUCACACCUGUAGCACCAAUAACCACAACUGUUGCACUAACAACCACAACUAAGCAACAAUCCAUUGUAAUUAUUACAAACACAACGUCAACCACUAUUACAACAACCCCAACCAUAACAAAAACCACUACAACCACAACACCAACUACUACAACAACUACUCCAGGACAGUCAGCCACCACUUCAACAACCACCAGUGGUGCAUCUAGACCCUUGAGCACUGAAGUGCAUUUUGGAGGAAACCAGACCUUCGUAUGUCCAGCAUGGGACCAGAUGGUGGUCCGAUUGAGUCCAAAUCUGGAUGGGGAAGUCUUGGUGGGCUCCAGAGAUGACGGCGGUGCCUCCCUCCUCGGAAGUCCUUGUGGGCCGGCAAGCAACUCUCAGAUUGAUCGAUGA